AUGGCAUCUUCAAAGUACAAAUGGCAUUCAUUCUCAGUGGAAGAGUUCCCAUUCAAACGACAAAAAGUAUCUCGAGCCUGUCAACUAUGCCGACAAAAGAAAAUGCGGUGCGACGGCAAGAAGCCAUGUGCACGCUGCGAUCAACAUGAUAGCCCAUGUGUAUACGACGAACAAACCAAUCGGCGUACACCCACUGCACGAAAGGUUAAGCACGAAGACGACGUUUCAAAUAGCGAUUCUAGUGGAGCAGGUGGAGCAGCAGUAGCAGAAUCUAAGCAUGGUAUCAAUCAUGCCGAUACGAAGCAAUGCUAUCAUCAUCAUCAUCAUCCAUCAUCACCUAUACCGUCAACAUCUCCCAUAUCAAAAAAGCAGCAUUUGGACGAGCAAUAUAUCAGAAAGCAUUUGAAACGGAUAUCAUUUACCAACGCAAUGUAUGAAUCAAUGCGACAACAUCCACGCACCAAUGCUAUCACACGCAGCUAUCUUUUCGCCACUUCACUCCCCCCUCUUAUGCUUGAUUUCUUCAAUCUGACAUCUCAACCCUUUCAAAUAUGGACAUCAUUUACUCGACAUUUUCGUGAAUGGAUGCGAUUGAAUACGAUUGAGACUAGUGAUGCCGUGACACACGAAGCAUUAGCGCUGUUUGCAAAACACAAUCUCCUGUAUGGAUCCCUGUUUGAUUUUGGUGAAUUGAACCAUAGCCUCACAUCUGGAUUCCUGAUGCAGGUACAAGCUAUUCAAGACGAGGAUUCUCCCAACACCAUGAUCCUAUGCGCUAUCCUGAGUCUCGUGUUUUAUGCAGCCUUUCAAUCACUCGCCACUUCAUACCAAGAUAUCGCUCAACGUUUGGAGGAUUGUGCAAAUCUAUGUUUCCAGGAAGCCCAACGACGCUUUUUACGAGAUACUUUUAUGUCAACAUCAAGAGAAUUGGAUCGUGAAUGGUUAUUGCAAUUGACGCGUGUAUCAGUAUUGCUCACCCAUUACGCGUGUACGGCCAUUGAUGAGGAGGCGGCUUAUAUGACAUUGCGACUGGGGAUUGGAUAUGCAGCACGAUGUUCAUUGACAUCAUCGAACAACAACAUGAUGCAUGAUGCUGAAUUGGAUGUGGACGAAUGCAAACGAGUCAAGAGAUUGCUCAGCGUGCUUGAUGCAUGGCAGACCUGGUUAUCGUUUUAUUUGCAUCGAGACGACUGGAUCAUCGAAAGCUUAACUGGAAUCGGGAGCAGCAGCGACCCACCCAUUGAAAACAAGGCUGUUGAUUGUAAUCCAGGAAACCAGUCAUGGGCUAUCUAUGCCACUCAAGCGUAUACGGACUUUUUAAAGCGAGUAUCAAGCACAAAUAUGACGCUUCAGGAUAUCAAGCAACGAAUCAAUCAUCUUGCGUGUUGGUCGCAGCAACAGCAACCACCAACCUCGUUGCCAGGCAACGAAUCACUGGAUGAGGAGCCACAGCAGCAGCAGCAGAUAUUACCAACCACAAGUCCAACAUCGAUUCUCGCUUUAUACCAUCAUACGCUCGCCAUUCAACUUUAUUUUUGUCAGAUACCACAAUCAUUGCAAUUCUUCAUACACCAACAAAAGACGAUGAUGAAUCAGGAUGAUGAUCCACCAGCCAAUGAAAGCAGCAAUUACAUGCUUGAUUUAUGCGACGCGGCAGCAGCAGAGAUUGUACAUAUCGUUGAUAACCUUACUGUUGAAUAUCCAACCACGUCACCUGAUGAGAAUGCACGAACGGCAUCUCGUGAACCGAUUGCACAUGCUGUGUUAUACCCCAUAUUCCUUGCAGCAUCCAUGAGUGUGUUGUGCCUGAAAUUACGGCGACCUUCUCCAACAGCUGAUAUGCAAGACGCUAGUGAUACAAAGGUUAUUGGAAAUCGGGAUGAGGAUAUGGAAUUUGCCACAUCAGCGACAAAGGAGGAGAGCCUGACAAUGACACCUCUACGCAAGCUACAACGAUUGUUGCAUCCUAUUUGCUCGCAGAUCGAUGUCGCCAACGUGAUUACUCGUCCAUUGGGUGGAAUUCAUGCUACAACGAAUGACAUAGCCACCACCACCACGACAAAAACAGAGAUGGGUCAUCAACAUGUUGCUGAUAGUGGAUGUUCAAUGGAUGUUACAACACCUAUGUUAAGCACUGCUUCAGUACAACAACAACAGAGGAUGAUGAUGAGAGCACCACCACGGCAUAACGAGCAACUAUGGCCAGCAACAACAACAGCUGAUCUCGAUCACUCGGCAGCAUUAAUAGAGGAUCAGGCAUUUUACAGUGAUUCAAUGACUUCACGUGGGAUGGUGCAUGUAAUGUCACGACGCAAUGAUAUCGACCGUGAGCAGCUUGAAAAGUUAUCACAUAAACGCGAUCUUCACUAUAAUACCACAGGUGUUACGAGUACAUUGUCAUCAUCCAUGGACGUCUUUGGUGUUUAUGCUGCAGCACCUCCGGCACCGCCUUUACCAGUUUCAUCCAUGUACUUUGGUAACACUAGCAAACAAGUAACCAUGCAACAGCAAGCGAUGCCAACUACUUUGCACCAUCAUCAUCACCACAAUUUCUCGGGACAAAAACGACAGCAUCCCUUGCAACACCAACAACAGCAUAUGCAACAACAAUACCAAACAAAGCGGAUACGUGGUCACAGCACAUCAUCUUAUGAAUCAAUGAUGCCAAUGAAUUAUCUUCGAGGAGGAACUGCUGCUGCUGCUGCUGCUGCGGCAGUAGCUAUUUCACCUACCACGCCACGACGCUUUUCAUAUGGCAGCAGUAGUGGCACCAACAUGACCGAGUAUCCUGAUCAAGUGGCCUUUAACAUGUAUACGAAUGAUUACUUUCAACUAAUGGACAUGAGUGAACCACCACCCACGCCUGAGCCUGCGUUGACAGUGGCAGCAGCAGCAGCAGCGGCAGCAGCAGCGGGUGGAGGAGGUAGUAUGGCACCUUCAUCAUCCACAGUAGUAGCCAAUGGAAUGAGCAGCAGCAAUAGUAGCCCUGCCAUGUUUUCUAUGGGUCCACCGGCAGCUGCCACAGUAUCAACAACAACAACCAAUAAUAGUACACCAUUGCUUCCAAAACCGAAUCCCAAGAAACGAGUCCAAACGGUACGUAAAAGCUGGGCAGGACAACAAAAGGAAACGGAGCCAUUUCAUGGAUCAAUGAUGGAGACAUUGCAUAUGGGAGGUGGAGGUGGUCAUACAAGCAAUACGGCAGCGGCUGCGGCAGCUAUGAUGGAUUCGUUCCUUUCAUCAACGGCUUCCACAUCCCCAACCGUCACAGCUACCAACACUGAACAACAACAGCAACAACAAUCCAGCACGCUCGCUAAUGAUGAUAACAACAACAUGUGGUAUUUUAUUGAAUCGGCUCGUUUUGCUCAAGCGCCUACAGCUGCUGCUGCUGCUGCUGCUGCUGCUGCACCCACACCCACACCCACAGCUUCAUGGCCAUCAUCAUCCCGCAAUAGUAAUAGGCAGCAGCGACAAGUGUAUCAUCAUCAUCAACACCAUCAUCAUCAUCAUGCAAAAAUAAGGCAACAUCAUUACCCACCAGCACGUCAACCUACACCAUCCUCAUCCUCAUCUUCAGCGGCAAUGCUCAAUCAAGAUUCGUGGAUCGCUCUAUCUCCCCAUACAACAAGCAAGGUGGAUCCAACAAGCGACCAAGAUAUGCUGGAUGCAACAACAUUCGAAUAG